AAAUCAGAUUCCUCAACCUAGAUGAGCAGGACACUCUUUGUAACAAUCACUUAAUUAUCGAUCAAUUAUACCCUACUGAUCACUUCGUCAGUACCACUGCCAUGGACCAAACAAUUCGCGUCGCUGUCGCCGUCUAUGUCUUCAACAAACACGGCCAGACCAUUCUCGGCCGACGCAAGGGGAGUCUCGGCGCCGGAACAUGGGGCCAUCCCGGCGGCCACCUCGAAUUCAACGAGAGCUUUGAAGACUGUGCAGCUCGAGAGGUUCUUGAAGAGACGGGCCUCGAAGUAACUGAUAUACGCUUCCUUACGGCAAUCAACAAUGCCAAUAUGGAGGGAGGAAAGCAUUAUGUUACGAUUUUUGUGGGCUGUAGGCUUGUGGAUGAGGAUGCAGACCCGGUAGUCAUGGAGCCUGAGAAAUGUGUCCGCUGGGAGUGGGUUACGUGGGAUGAAAUGAAGGCGACUAUUGAGAGGCAGCGGGAGGCGGAGCGUCUGGGGAAAAUGGAGGAGUAUGAGGGGAGGGUGUUGUUUAAGCCGAUUUUGAAUCUUCUGCAGCAGAGGGUGGAAUUUGAUCCGUUGGAAAUUUAUCGGUCUGUUGGGCGGUGUUAAUGGGUAUGUUAAGUCUGGUGCUGUGAACUCGGGUAGCUGAAUUACUUGGAGUUUGUUAUGUAGACCAGGAGCAAGCGACAAUAUUUGUCUCAACUUUCGCUUAUAAAAGGUAACGAAC